AUGCAAAAUAUUAAAUAAAGAAAGCCUUAUUUAUAAGUUCACUUUCAACCUCUAACAGAGCGAAUUCAGAGAAAGAAAUAAACAUUAAUGAAGAAUGUGUUAUUGAGAAAUAUACAUACUUAGAGAAUUAAAAGAAGUUUCAGUUUGCCAAACAAUUAAAGAUUUUUAAAUAGAUUCGAAACUAUGCCAAAAAACCUCUGUCCAUCUCGAAAAGAAACUAUUGAAGAACUUUAAACAAGAGAAUAAUCUCCAUAAAAAAGAGAAUCAUUAAUAACUAAUUCUAAAUAUUCUUAAAUAAAUAUAGAAAUGAAAGAAAGAUAGUAAAGGAAGAGUUGCCAUUGUUCAUAAUGUGGAAAAGAAACAAACUUUUAAAGAGAUUCAAUGAAAGAUGGUGUUUUUAUAAUGUAAUAGAUAAAAGAAUAGGAAGCUCUGGCAAAUAAAUAUUAGAGAACAUAAAAAAAACAAUAUGAAAAAUUUUAUCCAUAAUAUUUGAAUAUAAAGAGUGUACAAUUAGAAGAUGGUGGUGAUCUUCAUAAUGAUUUUAUUAUAAAUUCGUUUGAGCAUCUGGAAGAUGUUCAUACAUAAAUUUGUGCAAAUAAGAAUAAAAGCAAAUCUAGCUUUUUUGACUCUUUUUUAAUUAAGCAACAAUAGAUUGUAGUUGAUUAAAUGAGAAAAUUUUCCAAUCAUAGAAAAAUUCUUAAUUAAUAUCAUUCGAUUCCUUUUCUCCCAAAUGAUUUUUAGAAAGUAUUGACUCCUAGAACACCAGCAACAAUGACUACAACUCAGCAUCCAUCUCCAAGAAAAUUAAAAGCUAAUGUCAAAAUGUAUCUAUAACCAGUCAAAAGACCUUAGAAAUAACAUAAUCGAUUGUUAACCCUUCCAGAGUUUAGAUAAUAUAUAUGA